GAGAUGAGAUCAACAAGAACAAAGACAAUUGAUGAAUCAUGGCUGGGAACCUCGCUCCAUGUUGCACCAACGAUUGUUGUACCUACAUAAUGCCCAUCUAUCUAUGCACCUAUCGUUAUUGGAGCUUGAUCAUAAAAAAGUGAAAUGAUUCCACAAAACUCAUUCACCCAUUUUUAUUUUUCUUAUACCAGCCAGCAUUGCAUAACCUUCUGGUGAAAGUUUCCAAUCCUGCUCUCAUUUCUAUCGCUUCUAUCCCUCUCCAUCACUUAUCACCACAAUCAAAGCCAUUCUCGACUUUAACCCCACAUCUCAGAAAAAUAUUGGAAAGCCCUGGUGGGCUGCUCGCUUAUAUCAAACACUAAACUAAAUCAAGUUUAGAUUCUUUGUGUACUGAGGAACGAACUGACUUUUCAGCAUCAACGACGAUUUACAAGUUUACCUUGUUCUCCAACCGCAAACCAGCAAUUCUCGAGAGACGGCUUCCUUGUGUUCAGGAAUCUGUCAGUCUCGUUUUUUAAACUCACAACCCCCGAAUUGUUCUCUCGGUAGCAAAAGCUUCUUCGGAGGCACUCGAGAAGCAGAUCAAGAUGUCGGGUAUCGCUUCCAAGAACCUUUACGAGCUCCUCGGCAACGACCACGAAUAUGAUUCCGACAAGGAGCCAGAGCCACCAGUGAAGGUUGUCGAUAAGACUCCAGCUCGCAACACCAAGCGCAAUGCUACUGGAGAGGCACCAGCAGCCAAGGCUCCUGUAGCUGACGGACGUGGUGCUCGUCGUGGAGGAUACUCCGGAAACGAAGGUGCAUUCCGUGACCGUAACGCUGGCAGCGCCAACAACCAAGGCAAGCCAACCGAUGACUCUGUCCGACAAGAUCGUCACCCAAGACGUGAAGGUGGUGGACGUGGCCGAGGUGGUGCUCGCGGAGGUGCCAAGUUCGACCGUCACAGCCGUGGAGUAGGAGGUGAUUCCGAGAAGCAAGCUGCUCAUGGCUGGGGUGCUACCGAAGGUGGUGCUGAGCUCGCCGAUGAGCAAGCCGGUGAAGCUAUUGCUAAGACCGAGGCUAAGGAAGACGGUGAAGCCGCUGAGGCCGCCGCUGAGGAGGAGCCAGAAGACAACAGUGUCUCUUACGCCGAUUACCUCGCUCAAUUAGAAGAGAAGAGAGCCGCACUCAACGCCGCUACCCCUGAAGCCCGCAAGCCAGACAGCAAGCUCGACAAGAAGUGGGCCAACGCCAAGGCUAUCGCCAAGGAGGACGAGGAAGACUUCGUCGCUGGAACUGGCGGCAAGGCCAAGCGUGAACGUCAACGCACUCAAAAGCAAGUCGUUGAGAUUGAUCAACGCUAUGUUGAGCCCACCGAACGUGCUGGUGGUAGAGGAGGUUUCCGUGGAGGCCGCGGACGUGGUGAUGGACCACCACGUGGCGACAGAGGAGGUUUCCGAGGACGUGGUGAGGGCCAACGUGGACGCGCUCGUGGCGAUAGAGGCCCACCACGCCAAAGUGCCCCAAGAAACGGAGGUGCUUCUGCAUCCAUCCAAAUUGAGGACCAAUCCGCUUUCCCAAGCCUUGGCGCAUAAAGUUUCUUUGAAACUGAACCUGCCGAUCUUUCACAACAUGGCAUAACAUGAUAUGUAGAAACGAUCCCCAAAAAUUUGUGUUUUACGCAAUCGUUAUAUGAGAAACAAAAAAUUUGAUUAAAAAUCAGGCCAAAAUUGCAUUGUGAACUGGUUAAUGAAGGAUUUUGCUCAUAAUGAAUGUACAGGGAGAGGCUUCUACAAAUAAAGGGGACGUAUUGGCUCUCAAUGAUAUUUCGUGAUGAGACGUUUCUCUUUGCCACUUUAACAACUUGUCUUUUUGUCUUUGGUCUUACCUCGCGCGGGUGGUGAUGUGAUGGUCUGGGGUUGGGAUCUGGUUACCUGGACUUUUCUUCACAUUUCACUUACUUGUAACGGUAGAUAAAAUGAAAAGGUGUUUUUCUCUAUCUUGGUUUGAGGAUCUUCAUAUGUGUGUAUUGCUUAGACCUUGGCUCUUUAAUGAAUACAUGUCAAGGGCA